AAACCUUACAUGAAACAAAAAGAUCAAAUAUGAUUUUGAAGAAAAAAGUAGAACUGCUUGAAAAAAGGAAUUCUGAAUUGAAUGAUAUGGUGUCAACAUUACAACACAAGUCAAAUUCAAUUGAAAAAAUUGUUCAAACAAGUGAAAAUGAAACAAAAAAGAAAGUCAAUGCUCAGAAAAUGAUCAGUUAUUAUCGUACUGCACUAAAAAGGGCUAAAAAUAAUGAGACAAUUGAAAACAUGUCAGAACUUUUGAAAAAGAAAGAUAAAGAAAUUGAUAGUGUUUAUAUUGAAAAUGAAAUUCUGAGAGAUAGUAUUGAAAACAACAAAAUCCAUACUAGAAACGAUGACGGUCUUUUUAACACAGACAUGCGCCUUUGUGUAAUGUCACUCUUCAGUCUUGAAAUUGGUGUGGCCAAAAUUUCAAAAGCUAUUAAAGCAGUUUCUAAACUGUACAUUGUUCAAAUGUAAUCUUGAAAAAGCUGAUCUACCGAGUGAAUCAACAACACAAAAUAUUGUUGAUGAAAGCCAAUACUUGACCAAAGUUAUGAUAGCAGACAAAAUUGAUUCUUGCUCACAUUUUGGUGUAAGUCGUGAUGGCACAUCGAGGAAAAAACAGCAUAUUUUAGAUACUUCAGUAACAUUAGAUUCUGGUGAAGUUAUAAGUUUAGGAUUUACAAAAGUAGCUAGAGAAACAGCGCAAACCAUCAAUGAGGUUACAAAGUCCCACAUCAAUGAACUUUCUCAGACCUUCGCAACUUCUGAUGCAAAAUCAAAUGAAGAUUUUACUAAACGUUCAUUACAAAAAACUUUCAUUCACGAUGAGUGACCGUGCCUCUAAUGAAAAGUUAGCCAACAAAUUGCUUGUAGAAUGGCGUUCGGAAGCACUUAAAAGUGACAAUAAUGAAAUUGAUGAUGUGCUCAGUUUCCACUGCAUGGCCCAUGUUUUACUUGGGUUUCAUAGAUACAUUUGUACAGAUAUGAAAACUAUGGAGAAAGAACUUGAGAAGAAACAAGGGCCAAUAGGUAGAGAUGCUCUUCCAAUGUUUAAAAUGUGGUCCAAAAGAGAAACAGUUGUGGAGAGAGUCGCCAAAACUACGUCCGACAUCUUUGGUCCUGUUGGGGAUCACCUUGGUUUACGGGAUGCUUGGGAAGCCCAUUGUGCUGCAAAUGGAAUUAGAUCUGUUAUUGGCAACUACAAAGAUAAUCGCUUUAACGGACUGUUCCAGACCGCUGCAGAAAUCUUGUAUCAUCGACAGGAAUUUAUCAAGGUACUCCACUUAGUUCCAAACAACAACAAGAAAAUUCAGGCUGUAAAAGCAGAUUUGCAGAGCAAAUGUGUUGAAGAAAUGCUUGGAGCCUUGUGCAUCCUGUACAUUCAAAUAACUGGUCCAUACUGGUGGUUGGUGACAGAAGGUUCAGUUCCAUAUCUUUGUCUUGGACCAAUAAUAAAAAAACUUGAAAACGUGCUGAAAGUUAGUGAAGAAAACCCAGAAAAAUUACUAGACAUUACUGAUAAAAACAUGAAGUGGUUUGAUUCUGAGAAUGUUGAAAUCCCCCAUGAAGAAAAAUUUGUCCAAGUUAUAAACACCAUUGAACCUACAGAAUUCCUAAAUGACACAUUGAAAACAAUGGCAGCAGCUAUGAAGAGAACUAUCCAGAAGCAGCUUCAAGACUUUCUUGUUGGACAGUUCAGUGAAGAGCCCUCAGAAUAUGAUUUAAAAAGAACCAAAUUUGCUCAUAACACUAAUCUAGGGUGUGAACACCAUUUUGGUGAUCUUGAUAGUAGUCAGAGACGACGCCCGAAUGCAUCAUUUCAUCAUCAUACGUCUGUCCAGCUGCUAAAACGAAACCGUGAACAUUUGUUCGAAUGGCUUGAACAAUUGAAAGAAGAUGAACAAUGUAAUCUAAUGAAAACAGCUCGUUCAGGUGGGAAAGCUAUGAGGAAACGCCAUAGAGAAGAUGAAAAAAAGGUGUCUGUGAAUAUUUACUCACAUGCAUUUAAGAAACAAAACAAAAAAAGUCAAAGGGUGACCAGUGUAGAUGAUGACGACAGUGAUGAUUUUUCUACAAUGAAUCAAAUUGAUAAAGAACUUCCAGAUGUUAAUGACACUUUCGUAGAAAAUGAAUAUCUGGUUGUUGCUUAUCAGGAUAGUUGGUAUCCUGGUGUUGUUGAUAAAGUAAUGUCUGAGAAUAAAGCAGUUGUGAACUUCAUGUUACCUUGCAAAAAAGCAGGAACAUUUCAGUGGCCAAACAGCAAAGACAUUCAGCAAGUAGAAAAACAGUUUGUAUUGAAAAAAGGACUGAUCCCUGAAUGUAUUAAUUCAGGAAGGCAAUGGUUUUUCAGGGAAUAUCAAGACAUUAAUAGAUUAUAUGAAAUGUAUAAACUGGAAUACUUUUGAAAAUACAAAAAAUAGUUAGUGAUGACCUGCUUGGUUUCAAGCUGUUAUGUUCUUGUAAAUUAAUAUAUUGCUGUUAUUUGUGACUGUUUUUGUUAAGUUUAUCUAAUUAUGUUAAGUAUUUAUCUAAAUUUAAAUUUUUUAAAUUAUUAAAUGCCAUGUAAUAUUAUAUCAUUUAUGUAUUCUCUUGUAUGUGAUAUGUGGUACUAUUCUUAGUAAACUGUUGAUAUAUAUUAAAAUGGUGAAUAAAAUGGCUUUAAACACUGAUAUUAUUCUUUUGACAUGUUUAGUACAAUCCAAAGAUAAAAGUGUAACUGCUUACUGGUACUAUACAGUCAACAUUUAAAAUGUAUUUCAUGUCUUUCUAUAAUGAAACCAACAAAAUUAUGACCUGAAAC